AUGGAGAAAGUGAGUAACCUGCAACUCCUUUUAAAUUGACAUUUUCUCAAUGUCGCAUUUCUUAAACGGCGGCAUUUUCUGGAGAAAGUCAUAACCAGCAAAUCCUCAUUAUUAGUAAUUCGUAGUAAUUGUGGUUACCUACCUUUUCAAACAAGGACUUGACUGUUUGCUAAUAUUCCACAGCUAGCUAGCGUGUUACUUUAGCAUCAAUCUGGAAGUAACUGGUCCUGCUAGUGUUGUAUUUUACGCGUUAUUGUUUGAUUACACUGCCCAAAAUUAGACAUUUAGACAGCUAGACCAAAACAUGUCUAAAUUGGAAACCAAAUGAGGAGCAGGAUGAGCUAGGUGAACUGUUUGGACAACUUACGGUUGUGGCUAAUAUAUGACUGCUCACGACAAGGUUAGCCUCCUGUGAAGCUAACCCAAUUGAUUUGAAAUUGUUACAUUAAUUAAUUUAUUAUUGUCGUUGGUAUUAAAACGGUCAUAGAUACUUUUGCCAUCAUUGAUUAUGCCUUGAUGUAACAAAGUAUAGCAUAGCAGUUCGCUCAUUCAUAGCAAAUCACCGGAUCUGACAUCCUGUGUUUCUCCCGAGUUAGCAAACCCUUCAGAGCUUACUUUAGCCCCCAGUGUGAACGCUCUCCGUUUAAAUUCACGAACAAACGCGUCAUGUCAGUAUGUCGGUAGUGUUUCCAUACAGAGUUGUUGAUGGAGCUGUCAUUAAAAACUGCGGCGGACAGUGUGUGGCACAUGCUGCAGGAGUAUUUUUGGAUCGGCCUCAGUGUUGCCCUCCACAGCCUGCACUCGGACCGGAGGAUCAUUCUAGAUGCACACGCGCUGCUGUCAUGGCUACAGCCGCAUAUUGGCACCAGCUGCCGCGUCUUCUUCUCCAAUCUUUUCCAUUCGGGCAGAUCAGUGUUUGACUUUAUGGCAUUUUAGACAUUUUUCAAGAGAUUUCACUUGAGCUGCUCAGUCGUUAUGAACUAUGGCAGCGUCAUUAAGCCUCGAGUGCAGUACGGGUCAAAAGAGGGCAUCAGAGGGCAGAGACAAGUGUUUAUACUAGGAGGAAUCAAACACAUGGGUAGAAGACAGCAGACAGUGACAAAUCCAAGGGUUUCCAGAACAUAUAUUUUAAUGGCCUUAAUAUUCUACUUUAUUUACCUUGAACAAUCAAAACGUAAAUAUGCGGGACCAAAUAGAACAUGGCUAACUACUGGUACUUUUACUAACACCCACACUACACAGUAUAAGAUAGGGUCUCAUUUUAUUUGUGUCAAUAACCAUAUUAAUGAUAUGGACUGUGUAUCAUUAAAAAAACAUCAGUUCCUUUUUAAUGAAUCAUUCUGUCAUUCUUUCACUCAAGAAUACAUCAUGUUGUUGUAGGCACUAGUUUUCAAUAUAGUCUUUGUUAUUUUUAUCAAGAACGAGGGAACUGCUUUGUAAAAUGACUUUGGGCCACACUACAUGUGGUUAAUUCUGGUUGUCAGUGUUUCCUGAUACUUCUGGUUAGAUGUUUUGAUAAAUUAUAACUUCCAACUGAGAGAAAUGUUCAUAAAGUAAAAAAAAAAAGAAAUGCAGUUUUUACUGCACAACCAAUCACAGUCCACAACAUCACUAAGAUUCGAUUCUGUUGUCUUCUGCCUACAGGAUUGUGAUGUUUUAUGGUGUACACUUGAAAUUGGGUUCUACUGAUAGUGAAGGGAAAGCCUUGUUAGUCAACAAUUUUGUUCUUUAAUUGUUAUCAGCAUGAAUCAACUUUCAAAGUCUUAUUGUAAUGUCAUCAAAUGAAGCCAGAGGGGUUUCAGUGUCUCUAAUUAUAACAGCCUAGUCCGCCUUUCUCCUCUGUUUGCAUUUUCAUCUGUCACAUACUGUGGAGACGUCACAUCAUAACUUGUCAAACCCAACAACCAAACAAGUGACAAGAGGUGAAGCCAUGCAGUCUGUGCAGUCGAAUUUUUCAUAUUUCAUUCUGUUGCCUUGGCCUGUGUGAAACAAUCAUUGAUACGCUGAGGGCAAUUAUUGAUGCGUUAAUUGAAUAAAUAAAGAGCUCCAUAUAGAUCUCCUUGCCACGUCACCUCACUACAUCAUCACUUCAUGAACCCGUGUGGUGGUGCCAUUAACAUGAAUGAAGGAGAGGUGACAGUUAUGUGGUCCAAGAAGAGUUUGACACACUGUGCAAAAUACCUCAGAAUUCAAAGAUGGUUUUGCCCAGACGUUUUAAAAAUCAAUAUAUGAUGAAAUCUGAACUGGAUACUGCCUGACUGUAGCAUGGCAUGAUAUUUCUGGAUCAUAUCUGAUCUCCAAAACGGGUCCACUUUGAAACUAUCAGAUCAGAAUGUGGUAUAAAGAUAGUUUUCUGACAUGACUGAGGCAGUAUGAUGAAUGCCACAUGUGGCAUAUUUCUGAUGGCAGUGGAGUAUUUCCACGCUUGGGUGUCAAAGAGUGAUGAUAUGCCACAGAUCUGGCAGUACUCCAGACAAAUAAUACAGAGUCCAUAUAUUUUGAGAUUCGGCAUGGGGGCCUAUCUGGUUGAUUUCAUUCAUGUGUAUGUAACAUUUUACACAUUUAGACACAGUAUAUCAUCUGGGGGAAUUCUUCUCAGUAGUUGUCCUGUAUUUGAGGUUUAUCCAUUGAUACACCGUAUAGGAUGUAGAUUCUUGCAAGAAUUGAAAAGUAAUACCUUUUGGAUUGUAAGGGUUUUAGUGCAGUGAUAGCUGCACCUGGAGAAGACAGAGCGAUACCAGACAGUAGUGAGGAAACAGUCAAGUGAUGUGUUUGUCAUUUUCAAAACCAAAAAAGCUUCAGCUCUCCCUGCUGUGACGAGAAAAAAAAGGAGGGUGCACUCAGGCCUGCCCAGAGAGAGUUACACUCGCCUGCGAUUGGUGGGCUUCAUGGUCUUUGUGUUCUGUAGGUGAGAAAUUCAUUUCUGUGUGCUACAAACUAGUAUGGUGUAUGAGACUUGUUCAUAUGGCAGGAGUUUUGCUGAAGGCCAAGGAAGAAUAGGUGACUUAAAACCUGCAUUAGAAAUUGCCAACAUGGUAAAAACAACAACAACAACAGUAGUUGUUACAGGUACAUUAAUGGAAAGUUUAGGUUUCCAAGUUUUAACAAAUGUGAACAAAUUUAAACACAUGAGCUUAUUCUGUUUGUUCACCCAGCACCUACAUAUGUAGAUUUUGGCCUUGUUGUCACCCUGAAGUGCAUUUAACACAAAGACACUUAAUUACUUGUCGUCACUGCUGCACCUGUCUGACAUGAACAGCUGUGCGGUUGUUCUUUCUCCCUGCAGUUCUGCCAGUGGCAGCUGUGAAAGAUGUCUUUACUCCAGAGUCAGAGCUAUAUUGGGGAUUGUUUUCUUUUGUGUAGGAGUUAAAGAGAAGUCGGAGCAGGAGAGUUGACGUAUUUUGAAGAAUUUGUUCAUUCUUGCACAGCUUAAUACUUAAUUUGAUUUUAUCUUUCUGGAUCACAGGUCUCAGCAUUGAAAGACCAAGGGAACAAGGCACUAAGUGCAGGGAACAUUGAUGAGGCUGUACGCUGCUACACUGAGGCUUUGGCACUUGACCCUUCAAACCAUGUCCUCUUCAGCAACCGUUCAGCUGCCUAUGCCAAGAAAGGUAACUAUGAGAAUGCUCUCCAGGAUGCCUGUCAGACCAUCAAGAUCAAGCCUGACUGGGGAAAGGUGAGAAGUCUUCUGAUAUUCACUGAUUCUAUUGACAUGAUAUUUAGGAAUUCAAGCUCCAACAGGUAUUUUUACAUCUGUAAAUCUUGAUCAACCAGGGCUACUCCCGCAAAGCUGCAGCAUUGGAAUUUCUUGGGCGAUUAGAGGACGCCAAAACAACUUACCAAGAAGGAAUCCGGAAAGAGCCAAAUAAUCAGCAGCUCAAAGAAGGUUUACAGAACAUUGAGGCUCGGCUUGCAGGUAGAGACAAUUGGAUUUCUCUCUUUUUUUUCAUGGUAAAAGUGGCACUACAAUGUGAAAACUGUGACUCAUUUUUCCCUCCUACAUGCAUAGAGGAUUUAGAGUUGGCUGCUGAAGGGAUUACUAAAGUAAAAUCAUAUUGUGAGUGCAGUGUUUUGAAAGAAGAGUAGGCAGCCAACGAGGGAAUUGAGAGUUGUGAUUCAUAUAUACAAAGGACAAGUGGUAAAGGUUACACAGGACAGAAAACUGUCGGCAAGUUAGUCCUCAACCAGAGGAAGAUGACUGAGUAUCUGAUGGCUUCUUUUGAUCAGAUUGUUCCAACUAAUGAACACUUUCUCUUCUAUUUCUGUUCUCUAGAGAAAUCGAUGAUGAACCCUUUUGCCAUGCCCAACCUCUAUCAGAAGCUGGAGAAUGACUCUCGAACCCGUGAGCUGUUGUCAGAUCCCAGCUACAGAGAGCUGCUGGAGCAGCUUAGGAACAAACCAUCGGAGCUUGGCACGUAGGUGGCUCUUAGAAAAUAUGUCAGCUUAUCUAUUUUCUAUGGUUGAAGACUUAAACCUAUGUCUAGUAGGAGGUAGCAAAAACAAAAUUACAGGCUCCCUCAAACGGUCACUGCAGUGCUUACACUGCAUCGAUUUUGUCCAGGCAUUAGGAGGAACUUGAUGUGAAAUAACACAUUAAACAGAUGGAUCUUAACCCUGCCAGAAGAUCAAAGUCCAUGAAAUUUUCAGAUAAGAGUUAUUUUUUUCACCAAAUCAGAGUUGUUUAUUGCUGAAAAGGUGGAGGGGGGGCUAUGGAGGAUGAAAGGCAGUGCUGAAAAGGUGGGUUUUGAGAUGGGUCUUAAAUCUGGUAAGGUCGGUGCAGUUUCUGAGGUCCAGUGGGAGUGAUUUCCAAAGGGUGGGGGCAGCGACUGAGAAGGCUCUGUCCCCCCAGGUUCGGUGCUUGGUCGAGGGGACUGUGAGGAAGUUGGCGUCGGCGGGGGGGGGGGGGGGGUGGCAGAUGUGUUGGUGGGAGCAUGUAUGGGUGAGGAGGCGGGCGGGCGGCAGAGUUCUGGAUGAGCUGAAGUUUAUUGAGGAGAGUGGAGGUAGUGCCAUGGAGGAGACUGUUACAGUAGUCUAGACGGAAUGAAAUGAAUGAAUGUAUGAGGGUUUCAGCUGCAGGGUAGGAGAGGGAGGGGGGUGUUUUUGAGGUGGUAGUAGGCUGUUUUGGUGAUUUGCUUGACGUGCUGGGUGAAGGAGAGGUUGCUGUCGAAGAGAAUACCAAGGUUGCGACAGUGGGGGGAGGGGGAGACUGUGGAGUUGUCAAUGGAGAGAUGAAAAUCUGUGACUGUGGAGGUGAGGGAGUUUGGGCCGAUGAUGAGGAGAUCUAUUUUGUCAUAGUUGAGCUUGAGGAGGUUGCUAUCCAUCCAGUGUUUGACAUCAGUGAGGCAGUUUGAGAGGGAGCGUUGGGUCUGGGGGGUGAUGGAGGUGGAAGAGAUGUACAAUUGAAUGUCAUCAGCGUAGCAGUGGAAGUGGAGAUUGUGUUGACGGAGGAUGUGGCCAAGAGGGAGGAGGGUUUGAUUCAAUAAAAAAAACUCUUCUGCCCAAGACAAGUGCCUAGCAGAGGAGGAUUGUGUGGUUUCACUGGCAGUGGAUCUGCACCACAGGCUGAGCUCAAUUGCUGUAUCAGGAUUGCAAAUGCAACAUGUCAAAACUAAGGGUUGCAAGACUGCUUAUUUAGUAUGAAAGACAUAAGACUGGUACACUGCACAAUGAAAGCUGUAAUCUGUAAUGCAAAAAUCUUAAGCAUUCCACACUGAGAUAUUACUCUAUUGAAAAUCACAGAAUAUCUUUCUGAUAUGUAAUAAUUGUAGUCUGGCUUUUAAAAACAAAUCAGGCCUUCAACUGCACGUCAGAGCCAAUGUCAGCUGCCUUCCCUGUGGCAUUCACCAUUCAACUAGUAGACUGCUGCCCACAGAGCUGACUGGUGGUUAAAGCGUUUGAUUAGUCAGUCAGUUUGUGAAGUCAUUGGUGGAAAGCAGAUGAUCCUGGAAAGAGCUACUCAGAAACUGCAUGUUGUAGAUUUUGCUGUACACAAUAAAAACUGUCACCCAGAGAGGCAGUUAAAACCUUUUAUCGCUCUCUGGGAGUCUUCUGAAAGUAGACGGUGUCCUUACAUAGCAGGUCAAAUUCUGGAUUUUAUAGUAACAGAGUCCUCACAGUCCUGUGUGCUCCAUCUAAAUGGCCCCUGUGUGUAAACCGAACCAAAUAUUUUCAUAAGUUUAUGAUGUGUUUGUUGCAAUCGACUGCAGCAAGAAUCAUGAUGUCGACAAAUGUUGUUUAUUGCUGAUUUGAUAUGAACAUAAUAUUUAGAGCUGAUACUACUUCACACAUUGGUUAGAUAACGAGAAGGGUCAUCAUCUGUUCUGACAGGAAAUCAGAAGCAUGCAUAAAAAUGAAAUGGGUCCAAAAUCUAAAAAUUUUAAUAUCCACAACAUGAAAUUGUCAAAUGAUCAACCUAAAGUGUAUUAGAUGACAUUAAAAGUGUAGUUGUUUGUCUUACUGUUUUGCAGGAAGCUGCAGGAUCCCAGAGUGAUGACCACUCUCUCUGUGCUGCUGGGUCUUAACCUCUCUGAGAUGGAAGAGGAAGAGGAGCCCACCCCCCCUCCUCCACCCAAACCCAAAGAGACUCAGCCGCCUCCUCCCAAAGAGGAAGACCUUCCUGAAAACAAGAGAAAGGUAAAUCCCUUCAUUACACCCUUCACCUAAAUCAAUUUCCAACCAUAUUGUCAUCCUUAAUGAAUUUCCAUUCUUACUUUUUAAUCCUCUUAUUUCCAUUUUUUUAACAGGCCCUUAAGGAGAAGGAGCUCGGGAAUACUGCAUACAAGAACAAGGACUUUGAAGCAGCACUGAAACAUUAUGAAGAGGCAGUCAAACAUGACCCCACCAAUAUGACAUAUCUAUCUAAUCAAGCAGGUAUAUAUGCUCAGAUGUAAAAAGACACAUUUGAUCAAACUGAUCCCACAGUGCCCCUAAAAACCCAGACCGUUCAAAAGUUAAUUUUAGAUUUAAAAUAGAAAUAACUGAAUUCGCCCACUGAGAGAACUCUCCAUCAAACUUGGAGUUGGCCAGAGUCACUGACUCUCUGCUCAUCAUCACAACUAAAUCUGCAGCUUGGACCAAAAAGAAAAACAACAAUCAUGCCAAAAAUGAAGUGGUCCCAGGAGACGUGGAACAUUUCACAAAUAAGGACUUAAAAAUAUUUUCCUCUAAACAAAAGUUCUGCUUAGUUUGUAAAGUAACAUGAAAUUAAACUUUUUUGUGUACUUUAUAAAUAUUAAACAUUCACUCUCUUUUUUUGCUCUCUGAAUAGCUGUGUUCUUCGAAAAGGGAGAUUUCGAAAAGUGCCGAGAGCUGUGUGAGAAGGCCAUUGACGUUGGCAGAGAGAACCGGGAAGACUACAGACAAAUAGCCAAGUGAGUUUUGCACAAAGUCUUUUUCUUGAUUCCUGUUUCACAUAGGUAAAUGAACCCACACACUGCCCUUAAGAUUGGUGGGCAGGAUUGUUGUUUUGUGGGUCUGAUUAGGCUCAGAACAAAUGCCUGGAUUGGUAUACAUCAACCAGCAUGUCACAAGACAAGCAGUGUGUUACACGAAACAUUAGGUGGCAGUGUUGCUCCAUUAUCAGUCAGUUUAAACUUUGUGAUGGCUGAGUUAAUGUUAAGGGUCCAUCUGUGGCCAUGAAACUGGAGAGUUUUCAAGUGCACUAAUGUGCUUGUGUGACUUUGGUUUGGGUUUUUUGUUCAGUGGGUUGUGGAGCAGCUGAGCUGUCUUUUCCUGAUUGAGGAGGUCUGACACUCACGAUGGGCCAACAUGUUUAUCUUCACCUCUCUCCUUUUUUUUUUUUUUUUUUAAGGGCCUUGGCUCGGAUUGGCAACUCGUACUUCAAGCAGGAGAAAUACAAAGAAGCGGUUCAGUUUUUCAACAAGAGUUUGACAGAGCAUCGCACUCCUGAUGUCUUGAAGAAGUGUCAACAGGUACACUGCAAGCUUCACCAACCUUUAUGAAUCAAGUUUUCUAUUACACAGAUUUUAUAAGUAGGAAAAGUUCAAGUUGUCAGACUGGCAUGUGCAUGGAGAAUUUCACCUGUCACCACAUUGUGAUUUGCUCCACAGGCAGAAAAGAUUCUGAAGGAGAUGGAAAAACAAGCCUACAUCAACCCUGACUUAGCCCUGGAAGAGAAGAACAAGGGCAACGAUGCCUUCCAGAAAGGUGUGAUAUUGUAGCUGGAGUUUUUGACGAUAAAGGAUCAUUUUCAAUGUAGAAUCUUUCAUAAAUGUAAACUCAUUUUUUUUUGUCUUGCCACAGGGGACUACCCAUUAGCCAUGAAACAUUACAGUGAGGCUAUCAAGAGGAACCCAAAUGAUGCCAAACUGUUCAGUAACAGAGCGGCAUGUUACACAAAGCUGCUGGAGUUUCAGCUCGCUCUGAAGGUAAAGUCUAUCCUCGUGAAGCAUUUCAGUUAAAGUGAGCCAGUGAAUGAGUUCCUAACUUCACAAAAAGGCCUCUUAGCGUCAACUAAUGACCUUGUGAUGAACUUUUUUCAGGAUUGUGAAGAGUGCAUCAAACUCGAGCCCACAUUCAGUAAGUUGGAAACGAUAACAUUUAUAAUCAUUUCAGUUGAGGAGCUAUUAUAGAGGAGAGUUUUUACUUGUAAGAGAUGAAGUUCAGCUUUAGUUUGAAACUGAUUUUGUACCCUUUUUUUUAUUUCAUCUGCCUACAGUUAAAGGCUACACACGUAAAGGAGCUGCCCUGGAGGCCAUGAAAGAUUAUUCAAAAGCUAUGGAUGCGUACCAGAAGGCCCUGGAGCUGGAUUCCUCCUCAAAGGUAAAAGAUUACUUCUUUGAGAGAGGAAAAUAUUGAAAGAAUAACUUAAAAUGUAGAGAUCUUGAAUGCAUAGGCUUGACAAGUGGCAAAUUAUUUGCUUUCCUUGAAAUACCUGAUCCUUUUGCUGUUCUUGCUUUCUCCCUUUUUAGGAGGCCACAGAAGGCAUCCAGCGCUGUAUGAUGAGUCAGGCCAUGAGGAAUGACAGCCCCGAGGAGGUGAAGAAAAGAGCGAUGGCUGAUCCUGAGGUGCAGCAGAUUAUGAGUGACCCAGCCAUGCGCAUGAUUCUAGAGCAAAUGCAGAAGGACCCGCAGGCACUUAGCGAGUAUGUUCUCCAGCUUUUGUGCAACUUCUUGUGUUUCGUUACAAAGACUAUAAUGUUUGAAUUUGAUUAUUAACGAUGUACUCUUCUUUGUUUGAUCCACAGCCAUUUAAAGAAUCCAGUUAUUGCUCAGAAGAUUCAGAAACUCAUUGAUGUUGGACUGAUAGCCAUUCGUUGA